AUGGCCGUUGUUCUUUCGUCCGAGGAUAGUGGCUUCUUUACCUCCUCGUCUCUUAAGCGGUCGCAUUCACAAUCGCAUUUUGGUAAACAACCCUCUGGGUUGCAUUCGUCGGCCUCAACUUCUCGACUCAACAGAUCAUAUCACGACAGCUUCCAGUCAUAUCACAUCUCCCCACCAAGUUCGAAUCCCUCCUCCGCUUCAUCGUCGCCGCAGACAUCACACGUCGACAUAGUCACCCCAUCUGACGGCUCUACACCAGCAACCACUUUUUCUCUCGACGACCAUUGGGACAGCAAACUGGAUCUUGACACUAGCGAUGAGAUUAUUCUACCCGAGUACGACAUAAACCCUUUCUUUUCUGCCGUGGAAGAUUUGGAGGCACCCACUAGUCCGCAUACUGGUGACUCGUAUCCCGUCUCUCCCGCCGAACAUGAUACGCCGACGACAAUCUCACGGGCCGAUUCACCGACUCCAACUGAACAUGCCAGCGCCGAAGAUGAUACGGCACUGAGGCACCACCCUACUCAUCACGUGGACUAUCUCUCUCACGAUUGGAAAGAGGAAGACAUUUGGUCGUCAUGGCGUUACAUUGUCUCUCGGCGCAAUGAUUUCACCAAUGCCCCGCGCUUGGAAAACGCCUCUUGGAGAACCUGGAUGAAAUCCAAGUAUGGGCUUAAGACAGUUUCUCCUGAAACGCUCAACUGGCUGAAAGAUUGUGACGUGACGUGGCUGUACGGCCCUCUACAGACGCGCCACAAGAUGUUGUUCUCCAACGACACGUACCAAGGCAGUACUACGCUGUCGAGAAACGAUUCUUUCGUCCAGAAAAAGCCUAUUCUGAAAAGGAGAAGCAUGUCAGAAGUGAUGCUCCAGAAGUCCAUCUCGACUUCGUCGCUUCUGAAGCAGGCCACGGCAGCCGUUCAGUCACAACAACAGAUUGGUGGUGCUGCACGGAUACCGAGACCCAUCCUGCAUCGUGCAACCACUGAUUUUAUAACCUUCCCGUUCUCGUCUCGGAGGAUGAGCCAGGGUGAUAGUGCUCUUACGCCGUCGAAUGAAACUUCCGGCCUAGUCUCGCCUUCAGUGGAAAAGAAGCACAUUCAUUUCGACGAGCAAGUUCAACAAUGUAUUGCGGUCGAUGCGAAGGGUGAGGAAGACGAAGAGGACGAAACAGAGUUCGACUACUGGAACCAAGAUGAUGAUAGUGAUUCCUCUGACGACGGGGUUUUCAUGAUGAAGAAGACCGGCACAAAGAAAGGGCCUACCAGGCCUCGGCCGAGACCCAGGACGGAUACUUCUGAGAGCAAGCUGAUAGAGGCCCUGCCUUCAACGACGCUGAAAUAUCGUGAGGACACAACAGAACCACGAGAGACUGCCAUGAAGCACAGCACGUCGAUCCGUAGUCCACCAUUCAUAUCGCCAUCCUCGUCUCAGGAAACCUUACGCCCUUCGAAGCAAUCCGGCCGGUUUUUCAUUGAGGACGACGAAAUUUCUGGCAUCGAGGAGACGAGCACAACACCCAUCUCGAGUCCUACCGACGCCUUCUUACAGUCUGGCUUAAAACGAACUACGUCAACAGGUACCUUGAAUGCUGCACCAGCCGGUAUGCGCCGCACUGAGUCCGGUAUGUUGAUGCCAUAUGAGGAGGGUGUAGAGGGUGAUGAUGCGGGAAAUUCGGGCAUCAUUGGACGCGUUGUUGAUACCGUGAACACCGCUCGUGACAUUGCUCAUGUCAUCUGGAAUGUUGGUUGGCGACGAUGA